UGGUGGAUUAGAGUUUUAAUCCGUGCGCCGCGGCGGAGAGAGACGGAGAUAAACCGCACAGCGCAGCGCAGCCGGGGCUCGCACAUGCACUAAAAACAGCAGGAGACCCUCCGACACUCCGGGCCGCAGCCGGAGACAGAGCAGGGACACCGAAGCAACUCCAGCCGGACUGUUUUUUUGCGUUUUCGGCGCGUUUCCUGCUCGGAGUGCUUCAUCCUCCUCCCUCCCUCCCUCCCUGCCUCCGCAGAGAGCAGCAGCAGCCCGGAGGUCGCUCCGCUAAAACUGCGGACACAGACGGCGCAAAAUAAAACUCCAGACAUUGCAGCGGUUUCCCCCCUUUCCCCCUACGUUCCCCCUCUGUCCCUCUGCGCCCACCUCCGGCCCGCGAUCCAGAUCCAGCCCGCGGUUUGUCUGCCUGCUUCACACGGAGCCUCCGGUCGCAAACAGCGGAGCCGUAGCUAGCUAGCUAGCUAACUCCAUUAGCUAGGUGGUUAGCUACGCGAAGGAAUUCGUUUUUCUGUGAGAGAAGAAAAGGGACUUCGUUAAAGGAUGUCAGCGAAGGACCAGAACAAACAAUCUACUGUCGAAAGGCCGGUUAAAGCCGUGCCGUAUCCUCCGACGACACGCCUUACCAUGGAGGAGCUGUAUGAGGACAGCAAGCCCAAAGUGGAACUCCUGAAGGCCCACCUGCUGAAGGAGGGCCGUCUGGAGGAAGACGUAGCUCUACGCAUCAUCAACGAGGGCGCCAACAUUCUUCGCCAUGAGAAGUGCAUGCUGGAGGUGGAAGCUCCCAUUACAGUGUGUGGUGACGUUCACGGACAGUUCUUUGACCUGAUGAAACUGUUUGAGGUGGGAGGUUCGCCCAACAACACCCGCUAUCUCUUCCUGGGGGACUAUGUAGAUCGAGGUUACUUCAGUAUUGAGUGUGUCCUGUACCUGUGGACCCUGAAGAUAAACCACCCCAACACUCUCUUCCUACUGAGAGGAAACCACGAGUGCCGGCACCUCACAGAGUACUUCACCUUCAAACAGGAGUGCAAGAUCAAGUAUUCGGAGCGUGUGUAUGACUCAUGUAUGGAGGCAUUCGACUGCCUGCCACUGGCAGCGCUGCUGAAUCAGCAGUUUCUCUGCGUGCACGGAGGCCUCUCACCCGAGAUCAGCUGCCUUGAUGACAUCCGAAGGUUAGACAGGUUUAAAGAACCUCCAGCAUUCGGGCCCAUGUGUGACCUGCUGUGGUCGGACCCUGGGGAGGAUUACGGCAGCGAAAAGACACAGGAACACUUUUGUCACAACAGUGUGAGGGGCUGCUCCUACUUCUACAGUUAUCCUGCUGUGUGUGACUUCCUAAUGAACAAUAAUUUGUUGUCAAUAAUCCGAGCACAUGAAGCCCAGGAUGCAGGGUAUCGAAUGUACAGGAAAAGCCAGACAACAGGGUUUCCCUCUUUAAUCACAAUCUUCUCAGCACCAAACUACUUAGACGUUUAUAACAAUAAAGCUGCUGUGUUGAAAUAUGAGAACAAUGUGAUGAAUAUCCGUCAGUUUAACUGCUCUCCUCAUCCGUACUGGCUGCCCAACUUCAUGGACGUGUUCACAUGGUCUCUGCCCUUUGUCGGGGAGAAAGUGACGGAGAUGCUGGUGAACGUGUUGAAUAUCUGCUCUGAUGAUGAGCUCAUGUCAGAAGGAGACGACACCUGUGAAGGUGGUGCUCCGGCUGUCCGUAAGGAGGUGAUCAGAAAUAAGAUCCGUGCCAUUGGCAAGAUGGCCCGAGUUUUCUCUGUACUGAGGGAGGAGAAUGAGAGCGUGCUGCAGCUGAAGGGUUUGACCCCGACUGGAAGGUUGCCUCUGGGAGUUCUGUGUGGAGGCAGACAAACGCUGCAGAGUGCCACCGUAGAAGCAGCCGAGGCCCGAGCAAUUCAAGGCUUCAACCCUCAGCACAAAAUCCAAAGUUUCGAGGAGGCGCGCGGUUUGGACCGGAUAAACGAGAGGAUGCCGCCGCGCAAGGAUGGAAAACAGCCGGACGGCAUGGCAAACUCCAUUAACGCCACCAACUCGCCUGACAAAAACGGCACCAGCGCACAGGCGUAAUCACAACCGUGCUCAAAACAACCCCUCUUACCAUUCUCUCCAUCCAUCUCUCUGUCCCUUCUCGCACUCUCUCUCUCGCUCUCUCGCUCUCUCUCUCUCGCUCUCUCUCCCUCUCUCGCUCUCUCUUUCCCUUUUCCUCCUGUCGUUAGAGGUGGUGCCCCCUCCAAGAAAGCUCUCCUGGACCGUUUUAGGAGAGAUCGGCACAGUUAUACCAUGAGGAAGGUGUAGUCAAGUCAAAAACAGUAAAUCAUGGUUUUUAUUUAUUUAUUGAUAUAUAAGAAAUUAAAUCUCUAUAAUGUUUGAAAAAAAUCAAUGAAUAAAUACAUGAGUAUUCAAAGGGUUAUAUAAAAUACAGUAUCUAUAGACAUAGCAUUGGAUUGUUGUCAUCACAGUUUCAGUAGAGGAAAAAAAAAUCAUUUUGUAAAUUUUAGUUGAUAAAUGAUGAUUAUUGAUUUAAAACACCUUUUUUUAUCAACCAGGACUCGUAGUUCAGCAGAAUUUCUCUCAUAUUGUGUGUGCUUGUUUAAGGGAUCAAGGCCCAAAGUACUUAAAUACUUCAGUACAGUGCAUAUGUUUGUGAAUACCCAAGACAAAUAUUGAUAUCUUGGGUGAGGAGAAAAAAAAACACAAACAAACAGAAGAAGCUUUCGGUCAUGAAACGCUUGUAAAAAUCGCUCCUUUCCGACGCCAGCGGAGGCCGAGGAGAGUGCAUUACUGAUUCAAGUGUUCACACGUUUAUAUGUAUAUGUAUAUUUUAAAGUGUUCCUGCACUUGAAUGUUUGGGGUUCAUGUUGGGGUUUUUGCUUUCUUUCUUUUCUUUUUGUGUUUUCAGUCUUUCUUUUUUACUCUUUAAAUCCAUGCCCAGAUUAGCAACGGACCGAAGGAGCCAAUACAAUCCCAGACACUUUAGACUCUUACACAGCACUUAGUGGAGUGAUGAUGUCUGCCUGCAUGUUAUUUGAGCUCUGAUUUCUCGUUUUUACGCUACUGCUGCUCAAUGCACCCACCCCCCCCCCCCCCCCAGCCCCCACUUAUUAGACUAGACCUGAGAAUAGUUCAUCCCUUUUUUCUUUUUUUUGCUUUUUUAAUCAGGCGUAUAGUUUAGGGUAAAUAAAAAGGGACCGCUCAGUGCUACUUCAGAGAACUAGCAUGCAUGCCUUACGUUCACAAGCUCUCACCAUCUUAUUCCCUGCCUUUCUUCCUUUUUGGUUUUUGUUUGUUUGUUUUUUUUAACCUGAGCAUGCCUCCGUUUCCUCAUCUUCUGUUUUAUUUAUUUAUUUUUUGUUUGUUUCUUUUUGUUUUGAAUAUAUUGCUGAAUAUUUACUGUUCCCACCGGGCAGAGAAGGAAAAAUCAGUCGUUUUUCGCUCUCGUCUGUUUGAGGCGGCGGUGCGUCAAAACUUUGACAUGUUAUCUCAAAAUAAUCGCGCGUUAAUAAUUAAGUACUGGUCUGUUCUCUGGUCUGUCGAGCUAAUGAGCUUCUCUGAAGUAUUUUCUCCUUUUUUUUAUGCUCUAAAUAAUGACUUCCUCUCUCAGAAUCAUUUUGGGCCUUGUUUUGUUGAAGUAAUGACUUUCUGUGUCAAAUGAUGACUUUUCCCGAAAUGUUUUUCUUGAAGUGUAAUCACUGUUAUUAACACAGGUUGUCCAUUUCCUCGUAACUCAAAACAUAGUCAUUAUUUUGAGAUACUAAGUCAGUAUGUCAAGAAAAUGCAUCACUAGUUGGGAAAUAAAGAUGAGAAUAUAGGUGUUUUUUUCCUCCUCUGUCUGGCAGAAAUGGGCUUCCACAGCUUAUUUUGCUGUUUUGUUUUUGUUUGUUUUUUGUGUGUACAGACCGUUUUCACCGCCACUGCUCGUUGCUCGGCUUUUCGGGCGCUUUCAGCCUCACGUUUUGUUCAGUUGUUUAUCACUGCCCUGUUUAAGCGUCUGUGGGACCGAGUGCACCUGUCGGGUUCCACUGCUGUUAAAUUCUCCAGAGAGGACCAAUCCCCUCACACGGACCGACUGAAGCCUUGUCUGUCCGAAGUAUUGAAGCUGUGCUCUUGUCUCCUCCGUGUAACGGGCAAGGCGGCUUGUUUACCAAAUCGAUAUAUUUUUCGUUCCUUUUCGUCUUCGCGGUCCUGUUACUGUAAACAUAUCGGUAGGUUUGAUUUAGCGGUCCUGCGCGCUGCCCUGCGGCGGAGUCUCACUGAGCUCUGAGCUUUGCUCUGGACUUGUUGCACUUCUUUCUCUCCUGUUUUGAGGCUUGUGCGCCAUGCCAACAACAACUAUAGCAAAAGACUGUUCUCCCGGAGCGUGGCGGUGGUGUCGGGCCGCGACACCCGUGUUGCUGCUCCGGCGACGCUAGCAGCUCAAAUCCUUCAUGGGAGAAGAAGAAAGGCCUGCAGGCCGUUUUCAGAAGGAGCGUCUCUCUUCCAAAGAAUGAACAGUGUUUGAAUUGUUACUAGCUAGCUAGCUUAGAAGCUAGUUCCUUUAGCCUCCGUGUGCCGGACUGCUGGUGAGAAAAGCUGCAGACUAAGGAAAACAAACCCAAACAAAAGGUCUUGAGCUGAAAUCUGGCCGUCCUCCGUGGGUUUGAGUCACGCUGUUCAUACGCCUGCAUCCAGAAACAUCUGACCAGUAUGAUUCCACACGUUUUUCUCUUCUCUUCUCUUUUUUAUGUUCGUCUUUUCUGCUGAUUUUGUGUCGUCUGUUCUCUUCAGAAUGGGUCUGCAGCGUCCAAAGGGUCUUUCUUUACUGUUUUCCUCCCCUCCGUGUCUAAUUUAAAGGGGGGCGUAUGCCGUGGUGUGAAUUUAGCUAGGGGUCCGGGGGGGUGGGCGCUAUUAAAUAUUAACUUUUGGGAGGAAAAAUGAAGAGAAAAAAAAAAUGGAGAGACUCCAGGUCAGGAGGGCUUCUGACUUCUGUUAUGGAUUCCAAACAUAUCUUGCAGAAUGUACAGAAACAAAUGUUUAUUAAGAUUUUUAUUUCUUAAUAGUUGAUAAAGUGGGAAAAAAAAAACUUUUUGUCAAGUCCUUGUGCUGCGAGGCAUCAACGAAUCUUGAUUUAUGUAGUUGUAUCACUCCAUUUAGAGGGAAAAAAGAGGACAAAAUAAGAAACAAAGAAAUAUAAAAAAAACUUGGGGAAUGAAA